GUUGCAGAUGUAAACAAACAGAGGUAGCCAUUACAGUUAAACAGUUGGACACAGAGUUACCGUUUGGAUCCGACGCCCUCAACAAAAACCGUCUGCCAGGUAUUUUCCCACCGUUAAAAACACACAGAGUCGUUUAAAGGUUGUUACAGGUGGACCGAACCGACCCCAGGAGGACUGAAAUGAAAGAUCCGAGUCUCAGUAACAGCUCACCGAACAUGACCAUCAGUAACGAAGUGAUCCUGAGCAACCAGCUCAUCUCCGAUGAUAACCCGUUCGCAGAGUACAUGUGGAUGGAGAACGAAGAGGAGUUCAACAGACAGGUGGAGGAGGAGCUGUGGGAGGAGGAGUUCAUCGAGUGCUGUUUCCAGGAGAUGCUGGAGGAGGAGGAGCAGUGGGAGUGGUUCAUCCCGUCCAGAGACCUCCCCUCCGCUCAGACCGUCAGCCAGCUCCAGGACCAGAUCGGUCUACUGGUCCUGGACGCAGACAUCCACGCAGACGCCGACAUCGACGUCGUGGUCCACAGCAGUCUGAACCCCAACGCCAAGGAGUUCACCCCGGGCAUCCAGAAGCACGUCAUGUGACCCCGCCCCCUGCCCCUCCCCCUCUAGUCUGCACUGCGACACCAGUGAAGAAGAAGAUGUCUGUUGUAUUUUCAGCCUGACGUGUUGCCAAAGUUCUCCGCUUGCCUCGCAUGUGUUCAACUAAAUGAAACAGGAUCGCACACCUCCACCUGUCUGCCUGUCCAUCUGUCUGUGUGUCCAUCUGUCUGUCUGACUGACUGCCUGCAUAAGGUGGGAAGUAACACAAGUACCAAUACUCCAGUACGGGACUUCAGUUGAUUUUUCAGCUAUCUGUACUUACUAUUCUUUCCUCCUUUUUACAUUCUAACACAAAUAUUCGUACUUUCUACUCCUUAUAUUUUGUAACCAGAUUUUUUUUUUUUUUUUACUUUAGUUUUGGUGCAUUUUACAGGUGUCAGCCAUUCUUUUUAAUUUUACAUUAUUCUGGAGACAUUUCUGCCUAAACAGUAAAAAAAUCAAUAUCAGUGCAUUUAACCACAAAUUCAACACUAUGGAAACUUAGCCAGUGUCUGCUUUUAUGAUGUAGUGUUAAUGUUGUUCAUUUUGAUUUAUUUCAGCAUUAGAACAAAUUCAGUUAGUGCAAUAUCAGACCAAAACAGAGCUCUUAGUCAGUUCUUCUACUUUUUCGUUAUAAUAGUAAUUGUACUUCUACUGGAGGAAACAAAAGGUGUACUUUAGCCACCUGUCUGUCUGUCUGACUGAUCGUCUGUCUGUCUGAAUGCAUCUCUGCUGAGUCUUCAUUCGUCCGUUGGUCGUCUUCUUAAAUCCAUUUUUGCACUUAGUUCAGAUUAUUUUCUGUCCUUGUGUUAAACUGCACAUUUUCUCCGUUGGUGCAGAACCGAAGCCACUUUAGUUUGUUUCGAGUUCGCUUUGGGUUUUCCUCGUCUCAUCCCAACAUCCCUUGCGUUGUCUCUGAGCCUCGGAGGCGCCGGCAGUCUGCUGCUGCCACAUUAACUGAUGUCUGUGUUGAGUUUUUUCUAAACGCACAUAAAGUACUGUAUAAAAAGUGAUAUAAUGAAAAAAAUGUUGUAAAAAAAAUCUAUUUUUUCUUAAACUAUUUGAGAAUAAAUGUUUAUGGAGAAAAA